AUGCCGGUGAACGCGCUGCACCGCGGCGGCAGCAGCAUCGGCGGCCCGGGGUCCCUGAGCCCCGCGUCGCUGUCCCGCAGCCUGUCCCGGCUCAGGGAGUACCGGACCCGGACCAGGAUCAUGCUGGCUCUGGGAGUCUCUCAGAUGGUCCUCGGGAGUCUCAUCCUGGCCGUCAGCUUCGCGGCUCUGGCUCUCACCACGUCACCCAGAGUCCGGCACUCGUGUCCCUUCUGGGCAGGAUUCUCUGUGCUGCUCUCUGGACUGAUUGGAGUGGUGUCAUGGAAGAGGCCGCUCUCUCUUGUGAUCACAUUCUUCAUGCUGCUGUCAGCUGUGUGUGUGAUGCUCAACCUGGCGGGCUCCAUCCUGUCCUGCCAGAACGCUCAGCUGGUCAACUCUCUGGAGGAGUGUCAGCUGUGUGGAUGUGUGUUCUCCCCUCCUCCCCCCCAGCUCAAGUUUGACAGCGAUGGAGUGUGUGUGUGCUGCGAGCUGCAGCAGCAGAGUACGAGCUGCAACAACCUGGGAGAGACGCUGAAACUGAACCCACUGAGGGACUGCAACACCAUCCGCCUGCGUCUCAAGGAGCUGCUGUUCAGUGUAUGUGCCCUUAACGUCAUAUCCACCAUCGUGUGCGCUCUAGCCACUGCCAUGUGCUGUAUGCAGAUGGUUUCGACUGAUGUGCUGCAGAUGUUUAUGCCGCACAGAGCGCGAGCUAAUGCUGACUGUAACCCCCACGGAACAAUCCUCCACCAAACACUGGACUUUGAUGAGUUUAUUCCUCCCACCCCACCACCAUACUACCCCCCAGAGUACACCUGCACGCCCUCAAUGGAUGGACAGAGAGGCAUGCACCUGGACUUCCCCCAUUCUCCCUUCAGUGCCAUCUACGGGGUUCCUAUCAACAGUCCAGGGACACUGUACCCAACUGACCUGCCUCCUCCGUAUGAGUCUGUGGUGGGACAGACCCCGGCCAGCCAGGUCACCAUCAGCAUGGAACAGCAGGCUACUGAAUCCAGUCUGUGUGAGAGAAACGCAGCUGCAGGAUUCAGUACUCAGGCCUCUGUGGACAGUGCGUCACUGAUGGUGUCAGAGGUGGCUGAUCAGGACCAGACUUGCUCCUCAGAGGACUUGUGCUCUCUGGAGGUCCAGGGCUCUGACUCCUCUCCCUAUGGCGUGCUCCACCCUGCUCCCGUCAAUGGAAGCUGCAACAGUCUGGAACUUUGUACCCGUGACCAUCGUGGCCUGCCUAACACUGAUGCUCGCCCAAGUGAUACAGGUUACAGUGAGUCCUCACACACACAGGAUUCUCUGGAGCGCUCCCCGGACUGGUCCUCAGAAAACUUCAGCAAUCUGGAGCAGGAGGAUUCCACAGACAACGCACAUCCAUGUGGGGAACUUAGGCCUGCAAUGCACAUAUGUGACGAGCUUGCCUCAGCCAAGCAUUUACCAGAGGAGCCACCUAAAGCAUCAACACACUCCCUUAUUAAGGCACGGAUGAUGAGCCGGAAGCUCACGCUCCCUGUUGCGAUCCCCCAACCACCUCAGCCGUGCUCCCCCACCUCCGUGGCCUCCUCUGGUGGAACUUCCGGCAUCAGUCCAAUGGCUCCUUCUCCUUCCCCUUCCCCUCCUAGCAGGCCACGCGGCCCCAGGCUGUGUUUUAGUGUUUGGUCACCUUCCUCCGCAUCGCAACCCCCCUCUACCUCAGCCCAAAGUGGCUACUCGCCAUCAGAGAAGCCACGGGUGCUCCGAGCAGCCAGGAGAUACCGCAAACUGGCACGCAUCGUCCGUUCUACCAGUGACCCUAUCUCCUGCACCUCUACCACGGGAAGAGAGAAUUGUGGCUGUGCCUCUGCAAAUACCCCUGCUGCUGAAGAUUCAACUCAUACGUCACCAGAGCAAGAGCCAACCAACGUUACAUCGGGAGUCGUCGGAGCUAAACCCAGUCACAUAAGUGUCAGGAAGCAGCAAAAGGAGGGCCGGAAAGUUGACAUCCACCUUAAGUCCCGCACCCUGCACACACACUCCUCCCACGAACGCCCACACUCCCUGGCUGACUUUAAGAUGUACAAAGACACCAAAGUACUGGUGGCCAAGUUCCUGGAGCAUUCGAGCUGCAGCCUACCUCCUGAAGUCCAGCAGGUUGUCAACAACAUCAAGUGUGUCAUCAAGUCGGAUGAGAAACACAUGGAGGAGGCUAUUUUUAGUGCCAAUGUCAUAGAUCAGGUGAUGACCCAGCGCGUCAUUGGCAGUCCCAGGAAGCGUGGCCAUGAGGACCUUCACCUUCAGAGCUGCGGUGCUUUGAGUUCCCCUUCCAUGCGCCGUCCAAAACACCUCCCACAAACCACCAGCACCCCCACCAACCCACUGGACUCCCCCUCAUCUGAACAAAGCCUUGAGUGCAAAGAAACAAUUCUCUGA